AUGGAGAACGGACCAAGGAAUGGAGAUGCCGCCUCUACAGUGUCGUCUGCAUCGGCUCCUGCCUCCAAUAGUUCGGCAGUAGAUACUCUGGAACCAUACUUUCGUCAAGUCUACCAAGUCAUCACGAGUCAACAAACCCAGAGAGCACUAUACUCGACCAUAGCCUUUUCAUUCUUGUUUACUAUUGGAAUUGCUGCCGCAUCUGUCCUGUACAUGGUCGUUUACUUGUCUUAUGUUCCUCAAGUCAACCACAUCUUGCCUGUUUACUUCCAAUAUGGAAAUCCAACAGAAGUCAUGCAGCCGACCGCUCUAGUUCCUCUUCUGAGCGAUCCACUCAGUCAAGUUUCAGCGCCUAUGCUUACAGCGGGACAGCACUACCGUCUCUCUGUCCAACUGAUCGCCCCAAACUCGAAGCAUAACUUGGAGUUGGGAAACUUUAUGGUAUCCAUAGAUGUUUACUCUCACAACAAAUCCCUCAUUUCAUCUUCAAGCAGACCAGCACUGAUGACAUUCCAGUCCAACAUCAUAAACACCAUGUCAACCCUAUUAUCAUCCGUACCAAUACUGCUAGGAAUGGCUGUAGAAGCGCAAACCAUCAAUGUCGUUCUAAUUGAACGAUUGAUAGAAGAUGAAUCCAUGCCAUCUCUUAUGGCUCAUCUACGACUAUCGGAUUCUAGAUUACGUAUAUACCAGGCUCAAUUGAUAUUAGACGCUCAUUUCGUGGGCCUACGAUACUACAUGUAUCACUGGUCUAUAACUACAGGGGUAUUCUUUACGUCCUUGAUAUUCAUGUUUGAGUCUCUCUGGGCUUUUGUAGUUUGGAGAGCAGUCAAGAGGAUAUUACAUAAAGUAUUCCCAGCUAUUCCAUCGACGCCAGAGCAGCCGUCACGACCACCUCAACCACCAGCUGAAGAUGAUGGUCGAUUACCAGAUGGUAGAAUUAAACCGAGGCUGGACAAUUCAAGUACCGAUGAGGAAACCGAUGAUUUAGAUUGGAUACCUGCUCUUAGAACGACUAGUGAAGCACAUAAGCCACAGCAGGAGCAACAACCAGCGCGAUUCACCCCUACAAUAGCAGGAACCAAUACAACUGGAACUAAUGGCAGUAGUACAGAUGAAGAAGCCGAAAGGAAACAGGUUGUAGCUUCAGCUGCUGAAGUAUCUUCACCGCCUCGUCGUGGCACAGCACUUCCUGUAGAACCAUCUCCAGCCGCAGUCAGCCCUAGCAGUACGCAACAAAGUACAACAGAUUCCACCACCACUACUCCCACCAGGUUGCCACUACAACAACGAUCUUCAUCAACUCCUCGUAACAAUUAUAACAAUAGAACGCAAGACCAUAUAGUGCCAGAUCAGGAUGAUGACGGGGAAUUGGUCGAAACUCCUGCUAUAUCGUCACCACGAAACCGUGCUACUGAAUCUAUAACAGAAUCAACUGGUGACUCGAUUGCAGAGGACAUCCUCAAUGCUGAAAGCACACCGUCAAAUAAUGGCUCGAAUGGAACGGAGUUCUCACUGUUGGAAGAGGAGUUGCUGAAUAGGGAUGAUGAUGAUUCAGUUUCGGUUGACUAA